AUGCGCUCACCAAACGCGCGCGGCAGUCAGGAAGUCAUAAUCACUUCGAGCGCAGAUUAUGACUUCUUGACUGGUACUUUCAGUCCACUAAUUCCGUACCUCUACAAGGUUCGAAGGCUGGUUGGUAGGCUCCAGUUGAGCCAGAAAACGAGCUUCGCGGUCGGAACAUCCUUCAGUACCCAGCCGGACGAGCUGAACGAACUUGCAAUGGCGGGGCUGGAGGAGGAGCAGGGAUUCAUGCGCGCUCUGGGGCUGGAGUUUGACGCGAGCGCGGGCAGGAAAGAUCCUUGA